CCAUGUCCUUUCAUAAUAUUAGAAAUUAGAAUUAACACAGAAAAGCCAUCGAAAAGGGGCCAAAGAAAAACAAAAGUAGGACAGCAACAGCUAAGUUUUUGGCUGCUCUUUAUCUUAGGCAAAGCUUCUCUCUUUAUAGACAACCUUCCUCUCCUCUUCUCUGAUAAACCCUAGUUAAGGAACCAAGCAUAAUUUCAUUUCUAUUGUUUGAAGGGCGGGUAUUCCUAAGCCUGCCUUUGACAAGAAGUCAAGAAGAUUUUAUGUUCUCUUCAGUCUCUUAAGAUUUACCCUUUUUCUCAUAUAUACACUGAAGGGGUUCCUUUUGGGUUUUUCCCCUUUUACCUUUGCUUACUCCAAAUGGAUGUUUGGCUGCCAUAGCAGCAAAUAUGCUAUCUUUAAGGGAUCUUUGGAGAAGGCAUAAGAGGAAGGUUUUGGUUACAGCAGGUGUUUUAGGAAGUGGGUAUUUUUUGUAUAAACUAUAUGAUGCUCACAGACAUAGGCUUGCUGAUUUGGAAAGACAGCUCGCAAGUGAGCGGGAAAAUGAUGAAUUCAUUAAAGCUCAAAUGCAAGUCCAUUUCGAGAACAUUCAAAGAAUAGCUGAUACAACAACAUUGCCUCAUGCAAUGCACUAUUUAAGUUAUCGAAUAGCUGAAGAUUUGGACCUUUCACAUCUUACAAACAGGCUGAUGAGAGGGAAGGGUCAGCCCAACACUUUGUCUUCUUCAGAGAAACUUGAAUUAUGGGAUAGGCUCAAAAUUUUAAGUUUUACUAGAAUGGUGGUGUCAAUAUGGGCAGUAACACUGCUUAGCUUAUAUAUUAGAGUUCAAGUCAACAUUCUAGGAAGACAUUUAUAUAUUGCUACUGCACGUGGUCUUGGAAGCUCAAAUUUACUUGAGGAUGCUGAGCUCAUUGACAGGGAUGACCAGCAAAAAUUUCUGGCAAAUGCUGACUUUCUUGCCAAUCAUGGCUUGUCGACAUUGAUUUCCAAUAUGCAGACAGCAGCAACAGAAGUUCUGAAGGCAAAGCAAUUGAGGGACUUCUUCGAUACUACAGUACUUCAUCAAAUAAUUAUGCAGAUCCUUGACAUGUUCAUGAGCAUGGGAAGUCCUCAUCACUGGGUGGACUGCUUGAUGCCUGAGGACCCAAGGUUGUGCAAGUUUGCCACGGUGUCCAGCAGUGAUAAAACAAAUCCUCCUGACUUUACACAAUUUGAUCAACUUAUGGUUGAGACACGAGAAGUGCUUUCAAGUGCCGAAUUUACCAGUGUUGUGGAAAUAUCAUUAAAAGCAGUGGUGAACGCCCUGGUGGAGGAUAAGGGGUUUCAAUCUGGAGGAGGUAGUCUAACAUUGGGGAUGCCUCUAGCUAGACUUUUGCCUCGAAUUUCACAAAUCUGUCCAUCUCUGCUUCACGAACCGAGCAAAAACCAGUUUAUCCAAAUAAUACAAAGUGUUCCAGAAGUCGGGCUCUUCUUCACUCUCCUCUACGCUAAUAUGUCAAGCUCUUAGAGUGUGAAUUUGUAAUUUUAUUUCACUUUUAAUUUUCAUACAAGGCACCAAUGUAAACAUUCCAAAUGGGGCUAGGUUGGUGGGUCAGAAUUCCAAGUUGUGAAAGGAAAAAUUGAUGGAUAGAGAUUAUUGCAUUGGUUUGUAAUUCUUUCUACAUCAUUUUAACUUGGUAUUUUGCUGGUUUCGAUCUGGUAAAAUCAUCCAGUUCAUCCUUUGAAAUGAUGAUAAAAUAAAGCUUGAGAUCGAGGGCCUUACGUUUA